AUGGCACACCACAACACGACCCGGGAGAGCGCGUUGCUGGAACAGUUCUCUAGACUAUACGCUACCGCGGACGAAGACAUUAACACAUACGAACAAAACGCCUCUCUAGGAAACGGUGACAGUAGCACCGGUUUGGUGCAUUUGAGUGACGAGGUCCUUAUUCUUAUUUUGAGGCAGCUAGAUCCGGUAUCUCUGUUGAGGCUCGGCAGCACAUGUAGGCUAUUGUUCCGAGUUUGUUCCUGUAACUCCCUGUGGACUCGACAUUUCCAGGAUUCGUUUGGGGUAGGCCUACCACACACCGCAGCCAGUCACACCGUCACGGCCAAAGCCGCCUUCCGUUUAGUUUUUAUGUGGAAAGCUCUCUUCAGAAACGUCCACUGUAACCGGUCGCUCCAGGCCAAGCUGUUCGCAGGAACGCCGUUCCCGCCUCACGAGUACUGGGCCCAGUGGCUCGUGCUGGAGGAGCGCGUGCCGCUGCCCUCAGUUCGCCUUCCACGCGGCGACGUGGAGAAGCUGUGGGGCAUCCCGCCGGACCUCUUCAGAGAGAGACUCCAAGAGACAUCAGAAGAAUGUGAACUCCUCAAAUUUGAAUGGAGGGAGCUGUAUAACAUGGCUCUUGGUCAUCAUGGAAGUGUCGCCUUGGUCUUUUGGCAUGUUCUCAGUCAGCAUCAUGGCAAUGACCACUCUGAGCUGGAGUCCAUGUACCACCAGUACACCCAGUGCAGAUUCCAGUGGCUCUUCACUUACUGGCUCUUCCGCCAGCCCCCUCCGUUCAGCCGGCAGCUGCGUGCCAUCUACCUGCAGUGGAGGCGGUACAGUAAGAAGAAGGUGACGAACUGGGGAGAGACCCUGUGUGACGUGAGGUACCUGGCCUCACUGCACCCCAUCACCAGUGACUACUGGAGGGGCAAGUUGGCUCGGGGAGACGAGAACGUGGGAAUUCAUACAGUGGUAAACUACUUCUCCAUGUGCAAGUCACUAGUGGCCUGGAUCUUGGGUCGCGACUGGGGCCGACUGAAGCGCAGGAAGGUCUACGAGGACACCCUGGAGGGUGUGUACAUGCUACUGAAGCAGGAGAUGCAGGAGACCCUGGUAGAGCACGAGAGGUUCUGGCAGGCGGCUAAAGUCCAGAUGAGCCGCGUGUGCAUGCUGGAGGAGGCAGCCGCCAACUACGUGGGCUGGAAGAUGAUCGGCACGCUUCCCUACUACAAGCUGUACUUGGUGUCUGGCAACGAGGUCUACCUGGAACAUGUGCGAGGCUUUCUAUGCAGGAAGAGGCAGAUCCAUGACUGGAUGUACCUGGAAGAGAACACUUGGCUUAGAGAGCUCCUCCCAGAUGAGAUCUACUCACUGCUGGAAUUUGACACCAAGAUCCUCCAAGGUAGCCUACACGGCGACUCUCUGAGCGCCCAGCUCAGCCGCCUCCUCUGGCUCUACCUGCACUCUGGGCAGCUGCUCUAUCUGGAGACUGUGAAGGGCUUGGUCCAGCAGAUUGCGCAUACUCAGCUGGGCUUCCUCACCAGCAGGGCACUCCCUCAAGGGCUCCAGGGCGUCUGGGUUUAG